AUGGCACCAGUCAGAUAUAAACCAGUCAGAUAUAAACCAGUCAGAUAUAAACCAGUCAGACAUAAACCAGUCAGUAUGGCACCAGUCAGAUAUAAACCAGUAAGAUAUAAACCAGUCAGAUAUAAACCAGUCAGAUAUAAACCAGUCAAUAUCAACCAGUCAGAUAUAAGCCAGCAGUAUAAACAGUCAGACAUAAACCAGUCAGUAUGGCACCAGUCAGAUAUAAACCAGUAAGAUAUAACACAGUCAGAUUAUAAACCAGUCAGAUAUAAACCAGUCAGAUAUAAACCAGUCAGAUAUAAACCAGUCAGAAUAAAUCAGUCUGCAUAUAAACCAGUCAGUAUGGCACCAGUCAGAUAUAACCAGUCAGAGAUUAAAACCAGUCAGAUAUAAACCAGUCAGAUAUAAACCAGUCAGAUUUAAACCAGUCAGUAUGGGACCAGUCAGAUAUAAACCAGUCAGAUAUAAACCAGUCAGAUAUAAACCAGUCAGAUAUAAACCAGUCAGAUAUAAACCAGUCAGAUAUAAACCAGUCAGAUUUAAACCAGUCAGAUAUAAACCAGUCAGUAUGGGACCAGUCGAUAUAAACCAGUUCAGAUAUUAAACCAGGUCAGAUAAAACCAGUCAGAUAUAAACCAGUCAGAUAUAAACCAGUCAGAUAUAAACCAGUCAGAUAUAAACCAGUCAGAUAUAAACCAGUCAGAUAUAAACCAGUCAGAUAUAAACCAGUCAGAUAUAAACCAGUCAGAUAUAAACCAGUCAGACAUAAACCAGUCAGAUAUAAACCAGUCAGAUAAAACCAGUCAGAUAUAAACCAGUAGAUAUAAACCAGUCAGCAUAAACCAGUCAGAUAUAAACCAGUCAGAUAUAAACCAGUCAGAUAUAAACCAGUCAGAUAUAAACCAGUCAGUAUGGGACCCAGUCAGAUAUAAACCAGUCAGAUAUAAACCAUCAGAUAUAAACCAGUCAGAUAUAAAAACCAGCCCAGAUAUCAAACCAGUCAGAUAUAACCCAGUCAGAUAUAAACCAGUCAGAUAUAACCAGUCAGAUAUAAACCAUUUCUGAUAUAAACCAGUCAGUAUAAACCAGUCAGAUAUAAACCAGCAGAUAUAAACCAGUUCCAGUAUGGCACCAGUCAGAUAUAAACCCAGUCAGAUAUAAACCAUCAGAUAUAAACCAGUCAGAUAUAAACCAGUCAGAUAUAAACCAGUCAGUAUGGCACCAGUCAGAUAUAAACCAGUCAGAUAUAAACCAGUCAGUAUGGCACCAGUCAGAUAUAAACCAGUCAGAUAUAAACCAGUCAGAUAUAAACCAGUCAGAUAUAAACCAGUCAGAUAUAAACCAGUCAGAUAUAAACCAGUCAGAUAUAAGCCAGUCAGAUAUAAAC